CUUCCGGCUAUUGACAAGACGGGCUAGCUAGCUAUGGGUGUACCCCUCACACACAGACUGCACAGCUUAGUAUAAGUGCUCGUCGACAAUGAGGCAAUACUCCUAGUGUUGAUGCCCGAAUGAUGACAGCGACAAUACACAACCAUGGCACCGGCCUCCCUCAGCAUCGUCGCGCUUCUCGUGGGCGCCCAAAUCAUCUACACAUCCCUCCGGUUCCUGCGCAACCUCCGAGCAGCCCAGCGAUCCGGCCUGCCCUACACGUGGUCGCCGGUGCACGAGCUCGAGGCGCCCGCGUUCAUCACGGACGGGUUUCUGCGCUGGUACUACAAAGACUACCUGCAGCAGGGUAAGGGAUGGCCGCGGUGGGCACGCUUCAUGAUCAAGGACUGGCAGUAUGAGGACCGUGGGCGAGCGACCCACGAGUACGGCGACUGCUUCCUGGUCGUCACCUUCAACAGCCUGAUGUGCUACAUCAGUGACCCCAACGCUGCGUCGAGGCUGGUCACACGCCGUAAAGCCUUCGUCAAGCCGCCCGACAAGAUGAAAAUUCUCGAGCCCUUUGGUCCCAACGUGGUUUCGGUCGAGGGCGACCUUUGGAAGUUCCACUUGGGCAUCACGCUACCGCCCCUGGCAGCCGAGGCCGUAGCGCGGCUUGUCUGGGAAGAGACGGCGCGGCAGGUCGACAUGAUGGUGGCGGCGUGGCGGCCCGAAGACAGCAUGAAGGAACGCAUCUACGCGCUGACCAUGAACACCAUGUCGCUGGCGGGCUUCGGGCACCAGGCCGAGUGGGGAGAAGGGGACCGGCCCGACCGGGUGCCGCCGGGCCAUGAGUACUCGCUCGUGAGCGCCCUGACGCACGUCGUCUCCCACCUUCCGCACAUCCUGCUGCUCCCGCGUUUGGUGCUCCGCUGGUCGCCGUGGCCGGUUGCCUACCGCGCCGCCAACGAGCUCGACCAGUACAUCGACGAUAUGCUGGCCGAGGAGCGUGAGAGGCUAGAGCGUGGCGACGCCGGCGAGGCAUACCGCGAGAACUUGCUUACUGCCGUGCUGAGGUCCAACAUCGCGGCCGAGAAGAGCAAGGAUGCGGCCGCCAUCGGCCGGACCGCCCUCACACACGAAGAGAUCAAGGGCAAUGUCUUUAUCUUUCUCGUCGCCGGAUAUGAUACGACGGCGAAUACGGCGCUGUUUAGCAGUCUUGUGUUGGCUCUCCACAAGGAAGUCCAGGACCGCAUCCUCCAAGAGAUCGAUGCCGUCUACCAUCGGGCGCAGAAAGCGGGCCGGUCGGAGCUGUCGUACACCGAUGACUUCCCUCAGUUCCGCUAUCUUGUUGCCUUUAUGUACGAAGUGAUGCGUGUCUUCCCUAUUGUGCAAACACUUGGCCGCGUCGCAGUCGGCGAGCAGGAAGUGCCUCUCAUCAAGGGCGGCCACGUGGUUCCCGACGGAUCCUACCUCGUGGUCAACAACACAGCGAUCCACUACAACCCGGAAAUUUGGCCCAGCCCGGAGGUCAUCGAACCGCGGCGCUGGCUGGUUGCGGAUCCGCACGGGCUGGACCCGGCCAAGCCCCUGACGCCCGAGCAGGAGGCCGAGAUCGCCGCCGGCAGCGUGCCCAUUCCCGGCAACCGCAGGGGCACCUUCCUCUCAUUUGGGGAAGGGCCGCGCGCCUGUCUGGGCCGCAGCUUUGCGAGGGUCGAGUUUGUUGCCAUCAUGUCGCGCAUGUUGAGAAACUACCGGUUGGAGAUGACCGACCACGAUGCAGAAAAGGCCGCCCGUGUGCUCAGAACCGCACGCUUGCGCAGUGGUAGUGGGCCGGUGACGCUGAUCCCCCCGGAGGACGUGCCCAUGCGGCUGGUGCCGAGGAAGUAGUCCGAGGCUGUAGGACAUCUAUAGGAGAGAGAGGGAGAGGUGGUGUAGUGUAUCAUUGUGUAUCGCAGAGCAUACAGCCAACGGAGCUAGAACAGUACCUACGCCAUUCCAAGUACAGUAUUGGCUGUAUCGGUAAUAGUAUUUGACAUUAUCA